UUUAAGUUCAAAAACGAACGGCUGAGAUCUGUCUGAAUUCUCAAAAGGAAACUCCUCUUUGUCUUUUUACAUAUCAAUCGAGUCGAAUUAAGGGUUUUCGUUCCAUGAUGAAACGCAAGGAACAUGAGAAGGGCAGCCGAAGCAUCUUGGAACCGAUCCCUCUUGAUCUGAAGAAAAAGAUGUAUACUAGAUCGCCUGCAAAGAGCCGCCCAGGUAAGAAGCUACAUGUCCUCCUCCCUUACGAUAUGGAGGUGGAGACACUGACUAGAUUGCCUGGAAAGUCUCUUAUGAAGUUCCUAUGCGUGUCCAAGAUUUGGUAUUCCCUUAUCCGAAGCCAAAGAUUCGUCGCUUCUUACUACGCUGCGAAGCCAUCCCGUUUUAUAGCCGCUUUCACCAACAGUGUAUUUGGUAAACCCGAGCGUCUCUUCAUCUUGUCGGGAGAGGAGGAGGAGGAAGCUUCUUCUUCGUCUUCGUCUUCGUCUUCGUCUUCUUUGGUUGCCAAUCUAGACAUGACAAUACCCUCAGUGACCUUGCGUCACGGCAGCUUCAAGUAUUCUUCCGUCCAUGGCUUUCUCGCUUGUUCUGAGGGGUUAACGUUCAUUAUAUGUAACCCUAGCACGAGGCAAGUCAUAACCUUUCACUGCAAGGCAAAUGGCACAUGCUUGGGAUACGAUCCUGUUGAUGAUCAAUUCAAAGCGUUGACCCUGUUGACAUCUAGGUAUGAUCUUAUUCAUAACCCUAGUCUCAUGUGCAUGCACGAGGUUAUAACACUUGGAAGAGGAGGACGAGUUGUAUCUCGUACCCAAGUUACCUCCCCGCCUUAUCGCCGUAUGACUGUGGGACUAUGCAUCAAUGGUUUCAUCUAUUAUGGUGCUUCUGUUCCAAAUCAAACCGAAGCGCUUCCUCCUCCUCCUCCUCCUGUGUUUGUGUGUUUUGAUGUUAGAAAUGAGAGGAUACUAAGUUUUAUCACUACGCCUAAGGAUGUCCUGGUUUGGAAGGGCUUUACAUCAUUGAUAGAAUACAAAGGGAAGCUAGCUGUCGUUGUACCAAUCUGUUUGGGAGGUGCUUCUUCUUUCGACCGUUUUAAUCUUUGGAUACUGGAGGAUGUGACGAAACAUGAGUGGUCCGGACAAUCAUUUCAGCUUCCCUCGUCUCUUCCCUUCACUCUUGGGAUGGGUGAGCGUAUGAUUUCCCAAGGAACCAACAAGGCUGGUGAAAUCAUUUUCUCCCCAUCAACUCUGCCAGACCGUGCCCACCCCUUCUAUGUUUUCUUCUUCAACCCAGACACCAAGAGCACGAGAAGAGUCAGGAUCCACGGAGUCGCUGAUACUGAAGAGUUCUGGAGCCGUUAUGGACUCACAGGCAUAUGCUGCGUCUCUUUCUCACCCCAACACAAUGAUAGUAUUGCUUUUCUAUAAUUGUGUGUUUUAUAUGUGUAAGAGCUUUGUUUGACAAACAAAAUCCUCUGGGGGAUUUUUUUUUUUCCUUUUCCUUCUUUGCUUUUGUUUAUUCUAGUUUCACAACUCUACUUGUGUUCUCUGUUUGUAUUAAGGAAGACAACUAUGCUUAUACGGUUAGUCUGUGUGGAAAACUUCUGAUUUCUUUAGUUGUACACAGCUGCACCAUCUUUUGUUCAUCAUGACCGAACAACAAGAGCCUGCAGCAGCUGUAUCGGUUGUGAGAAUCAAGAUGGCUUUUUCCGUUGCCAAUCAAUUUAUCUUUUAUUUCACUUUUUUAAAAACAAUACGCUGUCUUGUAAGUUCAUAUGGUUCCUAAUCUUUAGUAUUGCUGUGGAGUUUCAGUCU